UCGACCGCCGUCAGGCCCGCCCCCCUGGAACGCAGUGGGAGAAUGUGGUGAUCGCAGCGGUUCGCGGCCCUGGAAGCAGAAGCAGCGGCGGGUCGGGUCGGAGGGAGUCGGCAGCUUCCAGCACCCGACACAUAAAGCUGGUGCAAGCAGAGCAGAGCUGGUCAGGUCCGGAGACGCUGGGUCCGGAGCAAUGUUGUGGAAGACAGUGCUCUUGCUGGCCCUGGCGGACCAGGUGCUGGCGCUGGAGAAUGGGCUCCUGCGGACGCCGCCCAUGGGCUGGCUGGCCUGGGAACGCUUCCGCUGCAACAUUGACUGUGAUGCGGACCCGAAGAACUGCAUCAGUGAGCAGCUCUUCAUGGAGAUGGCCGACCGGCUGGCAGAGGACGGGUGGCGGGACCUGGGCUACACGUACCUCAACAUCGACGACUGCUGGAUCGGCGGGCGUGACGCCAACGGCUACCUGGUGCCCGACCCCAAGCGCUUCCCCAACGGCAUCGCCUUCCUGGCUGACUACGCUCACUCCCUGGGCCUGCAGCUGGGCAUCUAUGAGGACCUGGGCAACUUCACCUGCAUGGGUUACCCGGGUACCACGCUAGACAAGGUGCUUCAGGAUGCUCAAACUUUUGCCAAGUGGAAGGUGGACAUGCUGAAGCUGGACGGCUGCUUCUCGACCCCAGAGGAACAGGCCAAAGGGUACCCCAUGAUGGCUGCGGCCCUGAAUGCCACGGGCCGCCCCAUCGCCUUCUCCUGCAGCUGGCCGGCCUACGAAGGGGGCCUCCCCCCCAAGGUGAACUACAGCCUGCUGGCAGACAUCUGCAACCUCUGGCGCAACUACGACGACAUCCAGGACUCCUGGAGUAGCGUGCUGUCCAUCCUGGACUGGUUUGCGGACAAUCAGGACGUCCUGCAGCCGGUGGCGGGCCCUGGGCACUGGAACGACCCAGACAUGCUGCUCAUCGGGAACUUCGGCCUCAGCUUCGAGCAGGCCCGGGCCCAGAUGGCCCUGUGGACGGUGCUGGCGGCUCCUCUCUUCAUGUCCACAGACCUGCGCACCAUCUCCGCCCAGAGCGUGGACAUUCUGCAGAAUCCGCUCAUGAUCAAAAUCAACCAGGAUCCCUUAGGCAUCCAGGGACGCAGGAUUCUCAAGGACAAGUCCUCCAUCGAGGUGUUCCUGCGGCCCCUGGCCCGGGACGCCUACGCCGUCGUCUUCUUCAGCCGCAGGGCGGACAUGCCCUACCGCUUCCGCUCCUCCCUGGCCCAGCUCGGCUUCAGCGGCUCCGGCGUGUAUGAGGCCCAGGACGUCUACACCGGCGGCAUCAUCAGCGGCCUCCAGGCCGAGGCCAAUUUCACAGUGAUCAUCAACCCCUCAGGGGUGGUGAUGUGGUACCUGUACCCUACUGGGGAGCCGGAGGGACCCCAGCUGUGAGGCGCUGAGACGCGUGACAGGCUGCAGCGGCACCACUGACCCCAGCCCGCGGAGCCUUGGCUUGCUGAGGGCCGGCGGGUGGGGUUUCCUGCUGCCCAGGCCUGCUCGGGAAGCGGCCCAUCAGACCCAGAGCGCAAUCUCAGGGCCAGGCUCCGCGUGCUGCCCGAGCGAGAACUCCCCUGGAAACCUGUCUCGGGCACUUCCCUGGGGCCGUCCUGCCCUCUUACCUCAUCCGCACGGCCGCACAGACGUGGCCGAACAGCGCGGCCGGCCUCCUGAGCCCCCAGGGGUCCUCGUACCCGACAGGACCCCAGCCUCCGACCUUUCACGGACUCUGAAAUCAAGAUUUGGAAUUUUUCUUAAAAUUUGAGUGGAGAUCUGGUCUCUUGUCUGGAACUUCCAUGCCUCACGUAGUUGGCUUUGCAGGCUGACACUGCAGGGGAGUGGCCGUGGCUCCCUCGGGGUCACCGAUAAAGCCGCUCUUCAGUCGCAGGGGUGUGACUCAGACCUGGGGCUGUGGGCAGCUUUAGCGAGGGGCCCUGGCGGUCCCCAGGGUGGGUGCUGGGUUUACAUCCAGCCUCGCGUGGAAGACGUGUGGCAUCUUCAGGCCUCUCGUUUUCCGAAGUGACCUGCGGAUCAUACUUCAGCGCAGACUUGCCUCUUACCAGGGGGCCCUCCCUGCUCUGCCCAGCAUGGCGGCGGUGGCGGCGGUGGUGGCGAUGGCACAGUCAGGCAGAGCAGCAAGGGUCCCAGGCCCUCUCUGUCUUGCGUGUCCCUUCCCCACCCGGUUGGGACGUUCCGGGCUCUGCUGGCCACGACCACCACCUUCGCCCGCCCCUCUGCUGCACAUGCGAGGCCCCGAUCGGCUAGGGAACGUCGCACUGUUGUCUUAGGCACCUUUCGGCUCAUCCCGCCUCCUCGGACAGGGCUGCGUGCCGAUGUGUGGGGAGGGGGUUCAGCUCUGCCUUUCUCCCGCAGGGUCCCUGCGGCGCGUCCUCUCCCCUGGUGUCUCCCCUCCUAACCUGGCUGCAGGGCAAAUGCAGAUCCCCGCGCUGUGCCCAAGAGAAGUCUAGGGUCUCUGUGUCUUAGAACACAUUUCCUGUUCCUCCUUUUUUGAGUAAAAGAAUGGUAUGUUCUUGA